AUGAGGAUCUUCGGAGCAGUAACUGAGGUCCUUCGUAUGGAUAUUGGUUUAGUAAUUCUUAACUCUGCACCAGGUAUCGGAUCAUCCUGUGAGCGUACUGUAUUUCCCCUUUCCUGGUUCUCUUCAGGAAAUCCGUCUUCGCAGUCUCGAAAUGACACGGCCGUUGUAGAGCUUCCUUUAACGCCGCCUCCGUCGCCGCAGUUGUCUUCGUCGCCUCCACGAUCGCCGUUCACGCCAUCGACAGCGCCUCUCUGUUCCACGGUCUCUCCUCCCACGCACCCGAACGCCCCUUCGCCAGCGCCUCUUCACUGUAGGGUCUCCCCGGCCGCCCACGAGGUCAUUUCGAUGCGCCCUGCCUCUCCUCCCGCGGUUUUCGAGGCCAAUUUAACUCCGCCUUCUGUAGCUCCUCCUUCACCGACGCCCUCCACCGCCCUUCCUCCUUCGUUGGCUUCAGGAGAGGUCCUUCCCUCCCGAAGGAUGCCUCCAGAGCUUCCCGCGACGUCUUCCUCAAGGCGCUGUUGCAUGUCUCCUGCGGACGCGGCCGCCAUCGUCAACCUGGUGGCGAUGAUGGUCUUGUCUCCAUAUCUAAUACAAACUCCAUGUGAAAGUUCAAGGCGCCUCUCGACAACAAAGAAUAAAACAUGGUUUGAGAAUCACUUGAAGAAAUCGAGACAUUGUGACUUAAAACACUAA